AUGGACGAUUGGACUAACAAAAAAUUAAAAGAAUGGGAUUUGCCUGUUAAUAUAAUUGAUAGAUUUAAAGAAGAAGAAAUUGAUAAAGAAUCUCUUUUAAAUUUAACCCAAGAAAUGUUAAAAGAAUUAAUUCCGAAAAUUGGCUUAAGAGCAAAAAUUUAUAAUAAUAUUUUAUUAGAAAAACAAACAAAACAGCAAAUUCCUGAAGUGGGUACUGACAUGAAAAAUAUCACUUCAGGAUCUAAUAAUAAUAAUAUAAAUAUAAACGAAAUACAAACAUUUGAGAUUGUUGAUGAUGUUGAUGAGAAUAUAAUAAUUUAUAACAAUGAUAAUAAUAUACCAAUGAACCAGUUGACAGAUAAAAUAAUAAAAUCAAAAGAGCAAAAUGAUGUUUAUAAAAUUCUGAUAAAGUAUGAAGAAGGAAAUACCAUAUUAAAAUAUUUUGAGCAACAUCAAAUUCUAAGUUCAACUUUAAAAAAUAAAAUGACAUAUUUAAUAAUUAGUCAUUGUUUAAAGGAAUCGUUAACUAAAAAAAUUUCUACAUUCACAUUAGCACAAUUAUCUGAAAGUAUAACACAAUUAUUCCCUUCAGAGUCGAAAGAAUCUUAUUAUAUACCUUACAAAAAAGAAGGCAACAAGGUGACACCAAACCGUGGUAAAUUAUGGGACAAAUAUUGUAAUAUGAGGAAGGUUAUUAGGAAAAUAACAUCAGUUACUACUGUUACUAGUACUGAAACCAAUUUAAUAUCAAAUAUACCACAGAUAUCAUCUACUGUUGAAAAUGAAAACAUUGAAGAUGACCUAUUAUGGCUAAAAAAUAAUAUUAACCCUUGGGAUACUGUUAUAACUAAAUGGAAAUGCACAUUUUCCUACAGAUAUAAUAAUUUAAUUAAAAAUGUCAAUGAUUAUCAUACAUUAAUGAAUGAAAUCAAAAAUCCUUCUAUACCAGGUAAUGAUACAAUUGCAACUUUAAAACUGUUUGUUGAACUUUUUAACCCUGUAAAUGUGUGUUGUAAACGGACAAUCAACAAUAUUACAAAAAAAAACUGGCGUCCCUCAAAAUUAGAAAUUAAACAAGGAUUCAUCCAUUAUAUAAAUGAUAUUUCACAAUUACGCGAAAUCGAUGAUGCAAAGUGGGCAAAAAAUAAAUUAUUGAAACUUACAGUACAACCUUACAUGGUGUUUGUUGGCCCAGAACUUGGAACACAAGACAGGUUGGAAGUUUCAUCAUUUUAUGUUGUUAUCAAUCAAAAUUUUUUUAAAUUAGAGAGUGCUCUAAAAGCAGUAGACAUUUGUUUUAAGUCGUUUUUUAUGCUUCAUCUCAACUACCCUACUGAAAGUGAACAAAUUUGGCAAUUCAUUCAACAAUUUUUCUUUAAAAUUAAUACUAAAUUUGAUAAAAAUUAUCAAUUUAUAUCUAAU